AUGAGUUGCUUCCCAUGCUGCAAAUCAGACACCAAACCAACCCCUGCCGGGUCAACCUCCGGCAAAGUUUCCAAAGGAAGAAGAACAUUCAAAUCAGUGGCUGCGGCUAUGUCUCUUAAAACAGGCAGCAGCAGACACAGACAAAUAGACGCAGAGAUAAGAAAAUUUGGAAGUGUCAAAAAUGAUGUCAAGGUAUUCACAUAUGCACAGCUUGUUGAAGCAACGAAUAACUUCAGUUCUGAAAGCCUGAUCGGUGAAGGUGGAUUCGGGAAUGUUUACAAAGGAUACAUAAAAAGUGUUGAACAAACUGUAGCUGUGAAGGUACUGAACAGGGACGGAGCACAAGGAACACGAGAAUUUUUUGCAGAAAUUUUGAUGCUAAGUAUGGUUCAACACCCAAACCUUGUGAAGCUCAUUGGCUAUUGUGCAGAUGACAGUUAUAGAAUUUUGGUUUAUGAGUUCAUGGCCAAUGGGAGCUUGGAAACUCACCUUCUAGACUUAGCUGAAGGAAAGGAGCCUUUAGAGUGGAAGACCAGGAUGAAAAUAGCAGAGGGAGCAGCUAAAGGACUUGAAUAUUUGCAUAGCAGUAGAGAUACACCUAUCAUAUACCGUGAUUUCAAAUCAUCUAAUAUACUGUUAGAUGAAAACUUUAAUGCAAAACUCUCUGAUUUUGGCCUGGCUAAGAUUGGUCCCAAAGAAGGCCAAGAGCAAAUGACAAGCAGGGUGAUGGGAACUUUUGGUUAUUGUGCACCAGAAUAUGCUGCUACGGGAAAACUUAGCACAAAGUCGGAUAUCUAUAGUUUUGGGGUUGUGUUUUUGGAAAUAAUCUCGGGUAGGAGAGUAUUUGACACCUCAAGAGCAACAGAAGAACAAAACUUGAUUGAUUGGGCACAACCUUUGUUUAAGGACAGAACGAAGUUUACUCUAAUGGCUGAUCCUUUGCUUAAAGGUCAGUUCCCCGUGAAGGGUCUAUUCCAAGCACUUGCAGUGGCAGCAAUGUGUUUACAAGAGGAACCUGACACACGACCUUACAUGGACGAUGUUGUGACGGCUCUUGCACAUCUAGCAGUGCACAAAGUUGGAGACCAAGACCUAGCCGGAGACUCUAUAAAAUGUGCAGGCCAUGUUGAAUCUUUUAGAGUUUCAAGCUCUUCCGAAAGGGCGUAGCUUCAUUCACCACAGUUUAGGAUUACUGCAAAAAUUCACCAUAAAUUGUUGUAGAAAGAUGAAAGUGCUUGCAUGCAAUUCUGUUUGCGUAACAUUCUACAGUUCAUUUUUUAGCUGUAAUUCUUCCCUUAUGGAACUGAUAUGAGGCUCUCUCUAA